GGCGAAGGAUAUCCAAGACCUAAAAAUCAUCGAAGAGGCAAAACCAGCUGGUUCUCCAUUAUCCUCUAGCACAGUCCUUGUCAGGAAACCAAUGCCUCGUCGUAUGCACAAAACUGUCAGUGAAGAUUUAGCUACAAGCAAAAACAGUCGGCCUGGUGGAUCCAAUGAGUCAGAUAGUGAUUAUCAAUUUAGUCCAGGUAUGAAUAACAACAACAAAAAGGACAAACUCAGACAGAGGUAUCCUGCACGAAACUGGGUGGACAGAAACGAAGCAGCUUUUGGGGCACCAAUUGACCAUCAUGCAAUGAACAAAGAUUUUGACUUUGAAAAAAAUUUGGCUCUCUUUAACAAAAAAACCAGUGAACAAGAAUUCAUGAAUAGAAAAUUAUUAAAUGCACAACGUCCAGACCUAGUGAGGCAUGCAGAAAGUUCAUCUGCAAACUAUAGGAAUGAUGAAAAUGUAAUCUCCAAUUCUGCGCCAACUAAAUAUCGGCAGAUCCUGGUUGAAAAUUCCUCCAAAGAAUAUUCGACAGAUGCUGACUUGAUCAUCCCCAGCAUCACGUAUCAACUAUGGAAGAAAAUCUUUGACUUGGCAGAAGAGAUAGGUCUAUCGUUAGAGCGUCAAAUUGAGAUGAUGGGGCGUGCUGCAUGUGAAUUGGCAUUGCAAAUUUUAGGAGGACCAUACAGAUUAAAUCCUGCAAAUUCUCAUCAGUGGCCUCAAGUUGUGAUAUUAUGUGGUGCAAACAGGCCCGGUGCUGUUGGGAUCAACUGUGGUAGACAUCUAGCAUCUCAUGGAUUGAAAGUGGUUUUAUAUUUAGUCGAAGCAGCAAAGUAUGUCACGUACACAGCACAUGAGCUCUCUCUAUUUAAAUUAACAGAUAACGAAGUUAUCCAUACAGUUAAUGAACUCCCAAGGUCGAAUGUUGAUCUCGUAAUUGUUGCACUUGCGGAUGAAUCAACCACCAGGCUACAAAAUGGUAUCACAUCUUGGGCGAACUACAGUCGAGUACCUUUACUGGCCA